GCGAGAUUAAAAGUAUGUAAAGAUAAUGCUUCGAUUGUUCAUAACGUGUUUGUUGUUGUACCAAAGGCCCGUUUUUUGCUACAAUGAAGAUGAAAGCCACCAAAGAAUAUUUAAAGUAUCACUUAAUGGUGAAAAUACUAUUUCUAUGAGUUGGAUGCUGGAUUAUAGCGAUGGAAGUGUAGCUUUUGAAAUUCAUAUACCACCAGGGUAUGGUUGGUUUGCUUUGGGUUUUUCAGAUAGAGGAGACUUGUUUCCAGCAGAUUAUUGCCUUCUGUGGGAAGAUUUGAAAGGAAAAUUGAGAUUACAGGAUACUUGGGCAACGGAUGAAGGCGUUUUAUACUUGGACAAAAAGCAGGACUGCCAUAAUUUCCAAGUGCGCAAAAGACAAGAUGUAAUUAAGUACACCUUUAAAAGAAAAUUCGAUACGUGUGAUUCAAAAGACUAUAUCAUCGAAGAUGGUACAACUCAUGUGGUCUGGUCCAGAGGGAAACACCCGUUGUAUAGAGUAAAUGGCCUAAAUGUUAGCUCCCCGGAUAACGAUAAUGGAAUGGUCAGAAUCCAUCUGUUGAAAAAUUUGAACGUUGAAGACACUCUUCCAAGCCACGUGAAGCAACUGAACAUAAUCACUAAUAAAGUGAACGUUCCUGCUGAUGAAACAACCUAUUGGUGUCACGUCAUAAAAUUACCAGAAGAAUAUCAACAAAAACAUCAUAUUUAUCAGUAUGAAGCCAACAUACAAGAAUCCAGCCAAGGCCUAGUCCACCACAUGGAGGUAUUUCACUGUGAAACAGACGCAAAAGCAGAAAUACCCUUGUACGAAGGUAACUGUUUCGACAAAGAUCGUCCCCCAAAAACUCAGGUGUGCAAGAGAGUCCUCGCAGCUUGGGCAAUGGGUGCGCCACCGUUUAUUUAUCCCAAGGAAGCGUCCCUACCAAUUGGUGGUGACAAUUUCAAUCAGUAUUUGAUGUUGGAGGUGCACUAUAAUAAUCCUGAAAACAUUGAAGGAAGGGUCGACUCAUCAGGAAUUACUUUGUACACUUCGGAGAUAUUAAAAGACAUUGAUGCUGGAGUCAUCGAGUUGGGUCUGGAAUAUACUGAUAAAAUGGCCAUCCCACCCGGCCAAGAGUCGUUUCCCUUAAUCGGAUACUGCACCAGUGCUUGCACAUCAAUGAGUUUGCCACCUGAAGGAAUUACAAUUUUUGGUUCCCAAUUGCAUACCCAUUUGACUGGAGUCCGAGUUUACACAAGGCACUUUGAUGCCUACGGAAAUGAGCUUCCGGAACUCAACAGGGACAACCAUUUCAGCACGCAUUUUCAGGAAAUACGACGUCUUAAGAGGCCUGUUAAAGUUCUACCUGGGCACGUUCUAAUUACUAGAUGUGACUACAACACUGAGAAUAAAGAAAAUAUUACUUUGGGAGGAUUUUCCAUAACAGAUGAAAUGUGUGUGAAUUAUGUCCAUUAUUAUCCUCACACAGAUCUCGAAGUUUGUAAAAGCUCAAUCAGUGAUCAAGCUUUAAGAACUUUCUUCAGAUACAUGAACGAAUGGGAGGGGCAGGAUACAAGUCCACUGAAAGGAAUAUCAGAUAAUUACAAAUCAAUUAAGUGGAACCGGAUGAGAGUGCAGCUGUUGAACGAAGUUUAUCAAGAAUCCCCCUUAAGUAUGCAAUGCAAUAUGUCUAGUGGUGACAGAUUUCCAGGUUACUGGGAAAAUGCGCAUAUUCCUCCUAUUAUUACCCCCUUAGCCCCAGAACCUAGAGAUUGUGACAAUGUCAUAUAUAUGAUGUAACAAUGUAACAAAGUCUAUGUGGACUUAUGUUCAAAUUCAAAAAAUAAACUGAUCAAUGCGAA